AACAGGUCGGUAUCAGUUUGAGGAUCUUUCAGUCUGUCUUCUGAAUUCUUUUGUUUGCUUCCCAUUCGAAGAACUCCAGGACAAGACAAGGGCUAUUGAAGUUUCUUGGUUUCCCGAUGUGGCCUGCAGGUAAUAAGAUGAUCAGCAUACACCCCCUAAUAGAAAGGCUGAGACCUCUUGUGGGGUCCAGAGGCUGGGACUACUGUGUUGUCUGGAAACUCAGUGAAGAUCAAAGAUCGAUUGUGUGGGUGGACUGCUGCUGCGGUGGAGCUGAUGGUUACUCCCCAAGUGGUGCUGGUGAGGAGUUCCAUUUUCCUGUUUCCCCAAUCCUGCCCCAGUGCAAGGAUGUAAUGGUUCAGCACACAAGAUCGAGUGCCUGUGAACUGCUCUCUCAGUUGCCCUCUUCAUUGCCCCUCGAUUCAGGGAUAUACAAGCAAACUUUGCUCUCUCAUCAACCUCGGUGGCUAAACUUUGCUAGCAGCUUGGACUCAAACAUCCGAGAAGAAACUGUCGGAACUAAGGUUUUGAUCCCAGGGCCCGGAGGUUGUCUUAUUGAGCUUUUCGUCACUAAACAAGUACCUGAAGAUCCACAAACUCUAGAGUUCGCGGUAUCUCAGUGCAGCAUCUUGACGGAGGCUGACAUGGCGCCCAAUAACAACAUGGACUUGAGUUUUAACACAGAUACUGUCAAUUCGAGGUCAGUUUUCAUGGAUAUCAAUGAUCAAAAUGACAGUUUCAUACCUCAGGUUUCAGCAUCCGCAGAAGGCCAAGAAACUCCUCUGGAUCUCCCCUAUGACAUACCGGUUGAUCCGGUCCGCCUAAGCUCGGAGAAAAGGAACACCGGCGUGGCUGAUGAAGUCUACUCAGAGUCAUCCAUGAUGAACAUUGAGAACAUGAAUAUUGAGUUCGUUGAGCCCCUGUCAAAUGCAGACAUGACGCAAAGGACUGGUAAUGAUGAGAAUAAGGACACGGUCAAGACGGAGAACAGGAGAUCAGACUCGGCAUCGGACUGUAGUGAUCAGAACGAGGAUGAAGAGAAUAACAGAAAUGGGAAGCGGGGUCAGUCAAAGAACCUUGUGGCCGAGAGGAACAGGAGGAAGAAGCUCAAUGACCGACUUUACACUCUGCGUGCUUUAGUCCCUCGAAUUUCUAAGUUGGACAGGGCAUCAAUACUCGGAGAUGCAAUCGAAUACAUAAAGGAUCUGCAGAAGCAAGCCAAAGAGCUUCAGGACGAGCUCGAGGAGCAGUCAGAUGUUGAAGAUGGUAGGCAUGUUGGGUCCAGCAGCAACCACAUGCCGAGCCACGGUAGUGGAUUCAACCUCGGGCCUAUGAAUGACCCCGAAAAAGCCCCAGCUGGGUGUGAAUCCUCUAGGCAGAACCAUCAAAAUCCCGAUAACAACACAUUUGACAAGCCGCAGCAAAUGGAGCCACAAGUGGAAGUUGCUCAGGUAGAUGGAAAGGAGUUCUUCGUGAAGGUGUUCGGGGAGCACAGGCCUGGGGGCUUCGUGAGACUGAUGGAGGCUUUGGAUGCACUCGGCUUGGAAGUGACUAAUGCCAAUGUGACCAGCUUCAGAUGCCUCGUCUCCAAUGUCUUCACCGUAGAGAAGAAGGACAGUGAGUUGGUGCAGGCGGAUCACAUAAAGGACUCCCUGAUUGAGUUAACCCGGAAUCCCUCCGCUGCAUGGCAGGGAAUGAACAGAGCACCAAAGACCGCUGCUGCUUCAGGAGAUUCUCUUCGGCAGCUUCACAAUCAACAUCACCACCUCUUCCCUAGUCUCCUUCAAGCCCACCAUUUUCUCAAUCCCCCGCCACCUUCGUCUCCAUCAUUCUAGCUAAUUCAAGCAGUACUUCCUUAAGAAUAAAGAGAGAUUGCAGUUUUCUCCCUCUCAUUAUAUGCUCGUCGGACUUAUCCAUGCAUCCUAUCCCAUGCAUACUAUCAUGUGCGCCCAUGUUCCUUGAGAAACACUUAUAAAUCCAUAUACACACACACCAGUGUAGUAAAUAAAUUGCAGGACUUCUGCUUCGAUUUGCUUUAGUAAUUUUGGG